GUUCCCAGAUCUCUGCUGCCGAUUUUUCCAGCCUGAUUCAGUUUGCUGCUCAGCGGAAGCAUCCGCCAAAUAUCUUGCUAGCACCCAACAACCGUACUCUCGCUCUAUUUCUCCAGUCCUUCCAAUGUAAGCCUCGCUCGAGUACGUUGUUCUUUUUCUCACGAACGGCUGACCCAGAUAGCAAUCAUGUGUAAAUACGUUACCCAUCUCCGCGUCUGCAACGUUUGCAGCCACCGAGACACGGUGCUCAUAGCAGAGAGGGCCUGCUUACCGGCUAAGAAGAACGGGGCCUUUGGAAGCUGCGACGCUGGCAUAAGCAGUGACAGCAACAACACACGCAACUACUGCUGGAAGUGCAAGGAAACAAUCGGUCGAGUCCCUCGCCCGUCGCCGGCGUUACGACACGUCAAUCUCCAUUCAAGUCGUUGA